UCCCGCGCGUUUGUAUAAAACAUCCAAAUAACGUCUUGAAAUAGAAGGUAUGAACUUGUUUUUACAUAAGGGCUCUAUGACAAUAUAGUCACUUCAAUUCAAGUCGAAAGUCUUACAACACCUGUAAAUUACAGAGGCCAAACCAAUCUCAUCACAAUAUCAACUUUGGGACUUCUCCGAGACCAAGACGUUUAUAGUCAUUUUUCAGUAAUAUUUAGCACGAAAUUCAUAAUUUUUUUUUUUACAAGUUGGCAACGCUGUUUACCAAGAUGGCAGCGACCGCAAUACGUGAAUCUUUGUGCGUCAAGCCGCCCUAGAAAAGACGUGGCGCAGGCGCUCGCACCAUCACCGUGCAAAGAUUUUCCGCGCCAGUCGUCUUUUCGAGCUUCCCGCACUACGUUUAGGCUAGCGCUUGAGAAAGACAUUACAAAACGGAGAACUUCGUCCCAUCAUCAUGCUGUCCUUUAGCUCUACGUACGACGUUAUGAGCACCGACGGACGAUACGAUAUUCUCGCUGGAGAUGGAACCAUUGGGCACAUGCCAAGACCAAACCAUUGUAGUGAAACGGACCAUGAUGACAUCGCAGUAGAACCAGUGCCUGCGACAGGUCCGUCUUGCGAGUCGGCACAACCUGUAAAAGCAUCACCAAAGCCAGUGUGUAAACUGGGUCACAUGACAGAGAAAUCUGUUCAAGUACAACUACUAACCUGCCCCGCAGCAUCACAAGCAGAUGUAAAACAAAUUAUGUCAUCAAUUGCUAUGCAAACAGAACCUCAAGCUGUUUCUUCAGGUUGCUCAUCUUUUCUGUCCCUGGAGCAGUCUUCUUCAUCGGCGUCUGUACGAGACCGACUGAAUUCCUGCCAGCAGUGCACCUAUGUGACACAGGACAACACGAAUAUGAACAGACACCAUCAGAAACAUGUGGGCGAGCUUCCCUUACAGUGCCACUUGUGCCCAGCUGCAUUUUCUCAGAACUUCAAUCUGAUGGCUCACUUGAACACCCACGCGGGAAAACUUCCCUUCUCCUGCAAUCACUGCUGUGCAUCUUUUUUGCAGAAAAAUGACCUGAUGAAACACUUCCGAACUCAUACAAAGGAGCGUCCCUUUUCCUGUGUUCACUGCGAUGCAUCGUUUGUUAAGAAAACUCACCUCGUUAAGCACAUGCACACUCACACAGGAGUGCGUCCUUUCACCUGUGUCCACUGCAGUGCAUCGUUUGUGAUGAAAUGCCAUCUCGUUGAGCACAUGCGCCUUCACACUGGAGAACGUCCUUUCUCCUGUGGGCAGUGCAAUGCGUCUUUUGUGCAGAAAAAUCACCUGCAGAGACACAUCCGCCAGCACACAGGAGAACGUCCAUUUUCUUGUGUCCACUGCAAUGCAACAUUUUCGCGGAUGUACACCCUGUCUGAACACAUACGCUCUCACACAGGAGAGCGCCCCUUUUCUUGUGUCCAUUGCAGUGCAUCCUUUUCAACGAAGGGCUGCCUUGUGCGGCACAUACGCAAGCACACGGGAGAGCGUCCGUAUUCGUGUGUCCAUUGUAAUGCUUCGUUUGGGCUGAAAAACCACCUCGUUGACCACAUGCGCCUUCACACUGGAGAACGCCCUUUUUCCUGUGUACAGUGCAAUGAAUCUUUUGUGCACAAAACCCAGCUGGUUAGACAUAUGCGAAAGCACUCAGGAGAACGCCCGUUUUCCUGUCUCCACUGCAAUGAAUCGUUUUUGUCGAAAGCUAACCUCAAUGAGCACAUGCGCAUUCACGCACAAAAACAUCCCUUCGCCUGUAUUCACUGCAAUGCUUCUUUUCCACACAAAUGCCGACUUAGGGUUCACACGUCGCGUCGUCAUGCAAAUAAAAAGCUACAAAAGUGAGAGGCUUUCAGACUUUAGACGUGGCAGGGAGGGCAGAGUUCGUUUACUUCAGGUGACAUUGAGGAUGUGGUUUGAGGUAGGGAAGAAGCAGAAGAUAGUAUAACAGAAAGGCCGACUUCUCAGAGCUACUGAGUUGAAUAACUUGUGGUGCUAGACGCCCACCAAUUUUUGAAAUGGGCCGACAUGGUAGCCGAGCCAGGUGCUUGGUGAUGUAGGUGAUGAUUUCUCAUGGGCGUGGCCUCUUUUUUCUUCCCCUUUCAUUACCCAGAGGGAGUGACAAAAGAUAAAGGAACUUAUGAGGUAGAGCAACACUGAGCCACAAGCUCUCUUAUCAGUUGAAAAAGUAUAAGUAUUUCUCCUAAACCACCUCUAGUUCUGUGUUCCCACCAGUGAGCGCAAAGUCCAGGAGAUCUUCAGCAGGAAAACUAGUGAGCAGCCACAGGCACUGGGCAUUGCAACCUACUUAUCCCGUAUUGGAAGCAGACCGUCUGAACACUUUGCUAUAUUUGUGAUUCUUAGAGCUGAAUGCAGUGCAGGAAGGUACGCUGGUAUGAUUCAGAAAAGGGUGCAUCUCCUCUUCUGGCUGUCGAAGUGGCUGUCGAAGUACAUGGUAAAAAUACUUUUUGCAGCCCUUUAGAGAAAGACGCUAACAUUGAAGAGAAUGAAGGAUAAUGUAACUGAACAGGGAAUAGAUUUGCACCAUUUUGUGGUGGAAGUGUUGGUACAUCUGUCUCCUUUACAGAAGAAGUAUUGAAAGGACUAUUUAUUGAUGAAAGCUCUCAUGGUUCUGUCAAAGUCUGAAAUGAAUGUGCCUUGGCUGCCAUGCGAAGGACAAGGCCUAGAGGCGCGCAUGCAAUCAAUGGGCUCAAUGAGCGAUAGGCAUGGCUCUACAAACAUGCACGCCAGUUUGACUGUGCAUGCCCAUUCCACCUGGCGAUGCUUGCAGCAACUUAGAACAACGGUGGUCUUCACACCUUGUCUUGGAGAUAAUCAGUAUAGGGUACACAGGAAAGGUGAGCCCCAACAUCUCAAACUAACAGCUACUCUGCCUUACCAUGUGUCUGGCAAUUGCAUUAUGCCUGUUCUGGAGACAUGCUGAUACACAAGGAAACAUGAUGCAAUGUUUUCCUGAAAGGCCCUGUGGAUUUAGGGCCAUUGACACCUUUUUUUUGAAGUCGAGUUUACUCUGUCAUACCAUGGCCGGAUUGGACAGGUGCACGCACUUUCCUUCUUGCAACCUUCUCAUUGUCACUGUUUACCCCUCACGCCGCACACCUAUGUUGUCGCUGCGACCCUACAGCUACCACUGCCUCCAGCCCAAGCAGAUAACGAGCGUGCACUCGCUCCCCUCUCACCGUGUAUGCUCGCAUUAUUUAUAACUGCCAUGCACUGAUAAAAACUUCUUGACCCUUAUUCCUAUACUACCACUGCACAGUUUUGUCUUGCCUAGUUAUGUGUUCGAGUUGGCAAAUGAAUUUCUGCGCAACAUGCAGUGUUUGCACAGAACGAAACAUCAGGCUUCAAUUUGCGUCAUAGCUCUGGAGCCAAAGUGCUGGUCUUUUUAUUUGAGCACCACUGGCAUUAAAAACAAAGGAUGGUGUAAGGCCACAUAUACUCGCUAAGGAGGUUUUGCUCCCUGAGGAGGUUGGCAUGUUCUCUUUUCUGGGAAAGAUGGCAGUGUCAUUUCGCUCUCAGACUGCGGCCGCCUGGCUUUUCUUCUUCGCCGCGCGCUCAAGGUGAGAGCGGUUUCAUGUCAAGGGAGGAACUGAGAGGUCGUGGAAUGCCGAGAGGGAUAAGAUUUUUGGGCAGAAGCCGGUGUCAUGCACCUCCUGCAGCAUAUGUGUGCAACACGGGCAGUUGUAUUGGCUGUAUGCGAUGGCGCUACGCUGGCAGUGGCGUGCCACCCCCUUCUAGCGUGGGGUCUGGGCCACGGCUGUGGCAGUCUUGUUUUCAAGCUCCGGGAAGACGCCGCAUUCGGUAAAGAGACAGACCACCCUUGAUGGGUCCAAGUGAAGCUGUUGGAGGGCAUUCGCCAGCGAUGGUACAUGCUUGGGUGGCUAACGAUGCCGUUGAAGACCAGAAUGUGAAGAGCAGAAUGUGUGAGCAAUAAAUUGCGUACAUGUGACAUCCGCUACUGACACUGUUUGCGAUCACUUGCGGAUGGGGAAGGAGAAAGGCAGUUGUUUUUCUUGGUAGUUUGGUUUUUCGUUUUGGCCCUGCCUGGUGGGUUGUGGCCUUCGAAUAUAUUGGCUCUAAUUGGCCGCCGCAGUCAAGGGAGGGCUAAAGCACGGCCACUGCCCAUUUUAUUUUUUUGUGGCACUAUAUAUGUGCAUGAUUGUGACUGGACAGUCUGGGCUGUAAUCAGUGUUUCCGAUAGAUCGGUGAAUCUCUGUACCUACAUAGAUCUAGCCUUGGCUGCAAUCAGGAUGUUGGUAGAUCAUUGAAGCUAGAGGCAAAUACGAUUGAAAACAGUCUGGGCUCUAACUUUAUAAGUAGUAGAGUGAGACUGCACGUUUCUCUACUGUUUAUCUGUGUAUCUCUUAAGCUCAGUUGUAUAUAUUAUUUCCCCUUCUGAUAAACGAAUUCGUCCAUUUAACCUCCACUGCUUGCGCUUGAGUUCAUCAUCACUGCUGAUGAUCGUCCAAGAUCUACGUGAUCGACAAAGAACCAUCACGAACUUUGCUGAUGGUGAUACAUACUUUGUGAAACCAAUUAUUUAUUGACAAUGAAAUUAAAAAUAAACUGAGAAUUUCCUUCAUUAAUAACACAUUGUUUGAAAACUGUCAUGUGUAACACAUCACUUCUUGCUCAAAUAACUCCCACCUGGGAUAAAAAUUCAAAGCCUAAAGUGUUUUUUGGAUGGCUUGUGCGCAUAAGUUAUUGACGUCUUAUUCCUGUUGGUUAUCUUCUUGGUGUAGUUGAUCAGAAGUAUUCCGACAAACUUCUCGGAAGUCAAGCCGGCAGGCCUUAUCGCGUGGCUGUUGUUGACGCCUUUUGGACAACGUAGCAGUAGCGAGUUUUCAAGACGUGACUGAAUGAGGAUUUGUAGUACUUCCAGAACAUUUACGCGUGGAAGGUGCUUGACAGCUUUCUCAAAAAAAGCACAAAAUAGAGCCACACACACUGCUUUUGCAGCCUGCUAAAAUCUUGGCUUUGCUGAGGCAUAUACAUAGGAUCACUUCUCCUGUACGUUUCGUGGAGCAUUGAACACGCGUCACUCUGAAAGUCACUUAUUAGUUUGGCGAUGUAUCCAGUGACAUAACCAAACAAGAGUGUAUGACACAGGGUGAUGGGGUGUCUGGUUAUUCUGCAUGGUCAUUCAAAUCCUCAGUCAGAAAAUGUGGUAGCGCUGUAGCCAGCUCUUCGGCACCAACACAAGGUAUUGUGAGCUCCUUGCCAAUCGAGGCCUCAGACUUGAUAAUGCGAUAAAGCACAGUGGUCACUGCCCUUGCAUCAAGCGUGUCAUUCCCUUUGCACAUGAAUCUUAUUCUUCCAACUUUGACCUCAAAUAGGGCCACUGUUCAGCUUCCUUGGAAAGACGCAGUUAAUACCAUUUCACAGAAGAAAACGUGCAGUUUCAGCUGUAGACUUUGUCGUAAAGCGCAAGGAUUCAAAUGUCUCACCAGUGAAACCAUUUUUUCCUCGUGCUUUCAAGCUUUCCUGGAUGUCUUCUGUGUAGCUGGUAAACUUUUUCACAAGUCACAGCUGCCGGAAGUUGUCUGUGUCUGAUAUUGGGCUCUUCUGGCUGCUGCUAGCAUGCGUGGCAUCAUGGAUGUUGAAUCAUUGUCUUCAUAAAGUGAAUAGUUGAACUUGCUUAGCUGAAUAUGUACAGGGUAGUGUCACCGCCUGUGUUUUCUUGGAGGUGCUCAAUAGCUGCAAUUACUUGAGAGAUUAUUUACACUGAUCGAAGGACAUUCAUCUUUUCCGGGUUUCUAGGGUGGACAUGUUUCUUGGUUAAGUUUCUUGCCAGCUUGAUGGUCAUGUCCUUCUGGUGCCCAUAUAUCAUUUGGACAAGUAUGUCACAGAUUUCCCCUAUGUCGUCUGUGAGAUCUCGUUCGAGAAAUUGACUCUAAACAUUUUUUUAGUACGUGGCAUAGGUUAAGCUUAGGAAAAUUAAUAUCAUAUGGAAGCUUCACUACAGUCGAUAGGCUGGCACAUCCCAUCAGUUUAAACACUGUAGUAUUGGUGUAAUUAUUAUUCGUCAUGAUACCCACAAUCGAGAAUCUGCACGACUCAGCAGCGUUGAUCGCUUCCUUAGUUCGUGCAAACAGGUCUCUCCCACAAAGCUGCUUAGUGAAAUAGUAUGAGAGAAGAAUUCUGUAGAAGCUAGUGAUGCCAUGAAGCAUAAAACACAAGACCCUGUUUGCAAGGGUUUUCUUCAAGCCAGCUGGUGUGUCCCAGAUAGGCUUGUCGCUCAAGCUAAAGACUGCGUCCAAUUUUUCAUCGUAUAUGCAUUUUGUUUUGAUGGUAGCCUCGUAAAUGAUUAGUGUUGCCAUAUGCUGCUUAGAGUUGAGUAAGGGAGCUUCAAAAACCUCUUUCUUUCACCUCUGUCAUUGUCAGGCUUGGUCCCGUGCACCGCUGCAGCAUGCACUUUGCUAGAAGUGUGAGCAGCUGGGCUGUCCGAGCGCGUCCGUAACGCUUAGGCGAAAGAAAGUGUUGCACGACACACUCUCUGAUUAUCUUCUCUGGGUAGCGCGGCCACUUUUGCCCAUAACUGUCUAGUUGGUGAAGGAGAAAGAUGGCCUUCUUUUCACCGUUGCACAAUCGGCCACAAGUUCUUUGACAGAAGCUGCCUGUUAUUCUCCCGACAAAAAGUGUGUGCUUUCCUUACAGUGCCAAGCUGCUGUUGGAGUUUGCUACACUUCAAACGCCAGCUUGUUUACGACGCCUGCCGAUAGACAAAACAUAUAAACUUACUCGUUGGGCCUCUUUAUUUGCCUUUUGAGUGCAAACACUAUGUUUCUUGUCAGCAAAGUCAUCCUGCGAUUCAGAAAGGUCGACCGUAUCUUCUGGCUCCGCUUUUCGCAUGCUUGGUUUCGGAACAGGGACAGAACAUCUAGAUUCGGGCUCCUUGCUAUAAUAAAUCACCCAUAGCCUCACGCGGGAUCCCCAACCAAAAACACAAACCAUCCCAGAGUUCGGACAAACAUCCGCUUUCUACACGAUCUUAAUGAAGGCUCUCUCUGCUCCAUGUGGGCACGCAGCCUUCCCCUCCUGUCGACGCAACUGUACACAGCACCGCGCCCUCACGGUCAUGACACAAACAGCGCAACGGAGUUGUGGGGCCUGCCUAGAAAAGCGUCUGGACUGCGCAUAUGAUGUUCAACAAGUGCAAAUGGAAACAGAACAGAGACACCACGAGAGUGAGACAGUGGUUGGUGCAGGGAAGAGGGGGAAAACUUUAUUUUGAAAAUCCGACGGCCUUGGUGGUGCAGAUCCCACGCCUAGGUGUCAGCCAAGAGCCCUGGCGGCGUCCUCGGCCCGUCGAGUUACCCAGAGCUGUUCCUCUGGGUAAGAGCUGAGCAGCACGGUCUCCCACGGGGAAAAAAUCGAAGCCCAGGGGCAGAGACUUUUGUGCCACUAACCAAGAAUCACAUCUCAAGACGGUUGUAAAUUUUGUAAAAUAAACUUGUUCUAAUUUUAAUCGAAGUUUUCGUAA